GCUGUGGCACCGCUGGGGCUCCCAUAGUCCUGCGAGCAGCAAUGAUCUAAUGGAUUCCAGCAAUGAAGACGACAACCAGAACCGUGGUUCUGCUCCUCAGCACGAUGCAGCCCAGUACAGAGUGGAUUAUGACUAUGACGAGUGCAACAAACAGAGACACCCAGGCAGCCGCUCAGGCAACGUCCCAUCCCGGGUUAAACGGGUGGUGUCGUGUAAGAGGAGGACCCACCAUCUGACCGUGGCCCGCAAGAAGCAGCCCGGGCCGGGGAGGACGACCGACGGUCCCAACAAGGAGAAUGAGAUGCAGGACGUGAAGCAGGAGAUUUUCAACAUGGACCCUUGGGAGUUCCCAAUAAACAUCAAUACUAACCACCAGACUGGGAAAGCUGGUUCUGAAGAGCCAGACAACCGUGCCCUCAGUGAGCUCGCCGGGGACCACAGCACCGUGGCCGACGUUCUCUUUGGACGGAGCCUGAGACUCAGAGUGGCUCUGACGCUGUGGCAGAGGAGCGUUGGGGAGCUGCUGACCUACUUCCUCAGAAUACAAGACACCGCGGUGUUUGUGGACUUUCUGCCAAUAAUAACCAAGAGCAUUGAUGAAAACUGUGCCAGAGUUACUAUCGGCUGCUGUGUCGACCUCUUGCCUUUGGUUAAACAAGUCCUCAGGAGUCCGUAUGAAGAUUACCUUACUGUUGGACUGAAGUGGAUGCAUUCAGUUCUGAACAACUGGCACGACGCGUUGAGAGCAGGCGACUGUGAUGAAUCAGCUGAAACGGCGUUGGAUAUAAACGUCGAAGCGUUUAAGCAGCAGGUAGUGGAGCUGUGGUACCAGAACCCUUCACUGGCGUCGCUGCCAGGACCUGCAGGAGACGCAGCGAAGGUCAUCGAUUCUCUUCUGUCUCAUCUCACCUGCCGACAGUGAGGAGCUCCUUUCACCUGUAGCAGUUAUUAGAAAAUAAGAAAACAAGUGUCUAUUAUUAAUAUUAUUAUUAUACCUGUAAUGACUAAUUUAUUGAGAGAGCAACUUAUUUACUGAAAUACUGGAAAGUCUUAAUAAAUUAGUUGUAUUUGA